AUCUAUUUCUUGCCUCCGCUUCGCUGGAGCACGUUGCUUGCUCUGGAGCAUGUUCUGUAUUCCCCCUCAUCACGUUUACUGCCACUGACGAGCAUACUAGUGAUACACCCUCGACUCACUAUUGCACCUGUCAAGUCAAGCCUUUCGGUAGGCAGCCGAAUCGACCGCCCAACUGCGCCAUCUGAUUCCCCUUGUCCGAUCGCCGAUCAUCGCAAGCGUAUUUGCCGAGAUCAAGACGAUCCGUUCGAAUCCGACCUCCACGGAACAUCACGUGUUUUGAGCCCUCUCAGAACACGGAACAUCACUCGCGGCUCAGCACUACUAGUACUACUACCAGUAGUAGUAGUGGCGAUGGGCGGGCCGGCCUUCGAUCUCCUCGCGAAUCCGCUGGGCGCGGUGCGCGUCCUCUUCGACCGCGAGGUCCAUCGGAUCCGCGCCGCCGCGCAAAGCGGCGGAAUUAGCGGCGGGGAUAGCGGCGGCGCGCAGGAGACGAUGAAGCGGCAGCUGUCGGAGGGGGACUGGGGGGUUCGCGCGCUCGUUGACGAAUACCUGUUCCGCGACGGGAACAUCGACAAGGUGCCGGAGAUUAACUCCGUGGGCGUGGAUCUCAUACCUGUGGGCUCGCUUGUCAGAUUUCGAGGCAUGGUACAGGACAUGUGGGGCACGGAGUUCUACCAAGGCCUCUACAAACGAAGCAGAGCCUCCACCUCCUCUGCACCCUCUUCCUCCUCCGCCCCCCCCAUUCCCCCCUGGCGCACCACCAAGUACACUGAUGGGGACGGCGUGGGGGGAACGGGGGGAGAUGGGGCGGAGGGGUUGGGGGGAGGGGGUUUGGGGAUGAGGGGCGAGAGGGAGGAAAUGGCGGCAGAUUUUAGCAGUAUCUGGGAGAGGCGGCUGCUGUACUGUGUGCCUGUGCCAGGGGAACAGCCAUGGGCGCGUGCUCUAAGGGACGGGGGGAGCGAGGGGAGGGGGAACGGUGGGAGGAGGGAGGGAGGAAGCGGAGGGGAGGAGGGCAGUGGGGCGGAGAAGAGGGGCAGAGAGGAAGCGCGGGGAGAUGCCAUGGUGGUCCUCCCUUUCUGCUCCUGUCAAUCCAACCCUGUCAAUCCAACCCUGUCUUUCUGCUCUGACCAUGUCUUAUAGUGUGUUACUUGAACGUUUUUCCCUCCACUGGCUCACAUUUCUGCCGCCGUCGAUUGGCAAUUCUGUUGAGCGUCGCAACUGCCCGUCCGAAGCCCGGCAUUGUUCGGCCAAGAAGGACCCUCGUUUUGUGACCAUAUCAUAUCAAAUCAAUGUCCUCCCCCCCU